CAUUUGAAUCCGAGUACAAGGAUAGUUCAAUUUAUUCUAAUACACUACAAGGAGGAAGAACAAAAAACUAAACAUGGAAAAGUGGGCUGGUAAAGUUGCGAUUAUUACUGGAGCAUCCGAGGGUAUGGGUAACCUUUUAAGUAAACAACUAGUUGAACAUGGUGUCAUUGUUGCUGGAGUUGCUAGAACUCAAAAAAAAUUAAAGGCAAUGGAAAAAGAAUUGCAAGGCAAGAAAGGACGUUUUCAUGGCUUUCAAAUGAAUUUAACUGAAGACAAAAGUAUUCAUAAAGCUGUUGAAGAAAUUGAAAAAGAAUUAGGCCCAAUUGCCAUUCUCGUAAAUAUGGGAAGUACAGCAACUGGUACACCUUUAAUAGAAGAUUCCACUGACGCUCAAAAUUGGACUCUUGAGAUUAAUGUUGUCGGAGCAUGUCUUUUGAUGAAAUUAGCGAUCGAAUCGAUGAGAAAGAAUAACAUUGAAGGACAUAUCAUCAAUGUCGGAGGAACUGCUAGUUAUUUUACUUCUGUAUUUGAUGAUUGUCAUUUCUAUUCUGUGUCAAAGUUCAUACUAAGAGCUUUGGGAGACGCUCUCCGAAUGGAAUUUAGAGCUAACAAUAUCCCAAUUAGAAUUGGCCAUAUCGGACCUGGACACGUUACUACAGGUGCUCAAACUCGAGCUGGCUUAAAAACGGCUCAUAUGUACGAAGGAUUCAAAGAGUUUGCAACUGAAAUAUACGAAAUGAGCCCAAAAGUUCUGCCAAAGAAAUUCCCAUUUAACGCUGACGGAGAUAACAUUUAUCACAAUGAUAUCCUACCGGCUUUAACCAUGGAAGAUGUCAUAAGCACUAUUUUAAGAAUGCUUUCAUCUCCUCAAGGAGCUGAGAUUAUGGACAUUAUCAUGAAACCAACUGAUAGACGAAAUAACAUGUACGAAACUGAUUUGUAUUGGAGAAGUUAAAUAUAAAGUGUUCAUUUAUCAGAAGAUAACUUCACUUUUAUGAUGAGUAAAGUUAGGUUAAGGUGUUGGUGAAAAAUAAUAAAAAAUUUGGAAAAUUCUAUAGUAAAUACAAAAAAAAAGAAUGAAAUUCAAGCAUUUCAACUGUGCAACAACUGUUUUUUAACUUUCAAUGAAGCAUAUUUCCUGGAACAUUGAUUAGUAAUGCGGGUCUAUUGUCUGUCUAUAUCAUAGAUGACGGUAGCAAUAAAUAAUGUCUGUUUCCCCAUUCAUUAAAUAACAUAAAAAAAUAUAUAGAUAUUUUCUACUGAUAUAUUUAAUUAACUGAUUAAUUAGUUAAUUAAUGAUUUUAAA